GCGAGCUCCUCGGCCUUGGGCACCCGCGGAGCUGCCCGGAGCCGACCUGCCCCCCAGCCGCGCUGUGGCCGCUUCCGGCUCUGCGCUCCCUGGCCAGGUACCCCCGUCGGACGCCAGCCUCAGACCACACAAUGGUGAGUGAGGAGAAGAUAUCUUUAAGAAGACGCCUAGCAAAACCCAAUGAUGAAAAUACUGAAGAAAAUGAAGAUCAGAGAUAUCCUACAAAGGAGUCCUUAGAGAGACCUCAUAAUGGUCACAUUGACAUGAAACAGUUGCUAGCAAAGAAGAUAAAAUUGACAGCAGAGGCAGAGGAAUUGAAGCCAUAUUUUAUGAAGGAAGUUGGCAAUCACUUUGAUGAUUUUGUGACCAAUCUCAUUGAAAAAUCAACAUCAUUAGAUAAUGGUGGGUGUGCUCUCACAAGCUUUUCAGUUCUUGAAGGAGAGAAAAACCAUAGAGCUAAAGAUCUGAGAGCACCUCCAGAACAAGGAAAGAUAUUUAUUACAAGACGAUCUCUUUUAGAUGAGCUGUUUGAGGUGGACCACAUCAGAACAAUUUAUCACAUGUUUAUUGCCCUCCUCAUUCUCUUUAUCCUCAGCACACUUGCGGUAGAUUAUAUUGAUGAAGGAAGGCUGGUACUAGAGUUCAAUGUUAUGGCUUAUGCUUUUGGCAGACUUAAUAUUGCUAUCUGGAUAUGGUGGGCCAUGUUCUUGUCUACACUUUCAAUUCCCUAUUUCCUCUUUCAACAUUGGGCCAGACGCUACAGUAGGAGUUCUCAUCCAGUGAUCCAUUCUUUCAUCCAUGGCCUGCUUUUCAUGGUCUUCCAGAUUGGAAUUCUAGGUUUUGGACCAGCAUAUGUUUUGCUAGCAUAUAAACUCUUUCCAGCUUCCCGGUUCCUUGUUAUACUGGAACAGAUUCGUUUCAUAAUGAAGGCCCAUUCUUUUGUCAGAGAGAAUGUGCCUCGUGUACUAGCUGCAACUAAAGAGAAAUCAAGUACUGUUCCAGUACCCACAGUCAACCAGUACUUGUACUUCUUGUUCGCUCCUACCCUCAUCUACCGUGACAGCUAUCCCAGGACUCCUACUGUUAGAUGGGGUUAUGUUGCUAUGCAGUUUGCACAGGUUUUUGGUUGCUUUUUUUACGUGUACUACAUCUUUGAAAGGCUCUGCGCCCCCUUGUUUCGGAAUAUCAAACAGGAGCCUUUCAGUGCUCGUGUUCUGGUGCUGUGCAUAUUUAACUCCAUCUUGCCAGGUGCACUGAUCUUGUUCCUUACCUUUUUUGCCUUUUUGCACUGCUGGCUCAAUGCCUUUGCUGAGAUGUUACGCUUUGGUGACAGAAUGUUUUAUAAGGAUUGGUGGAACUCCACAUCAUAUGCUAAUUAUUACAGGACCUGGAAUGUGGUGGUGCAUGACUGGCUCUAUUAUUAUGCUUACAAGGACUUUCUUUGGUUAUUCACUAAGAAAUUCAAAUCAGCUGCGAUGUUAGCUGUCUUUGCUGUGUCUGCUGUAGUACACGAAUAUGCCAUGGCCCUUAGCUUGAGCUUCUUCUAUCCCGUGCUCUUUGUCCUGUUCAUGUUCUUUGGAAUGACUUUCAACUUCAUUGUCAAUGAUAGUCGGAAAAGGCCAAUUUGGAAUGUUAUGAUGUGGACCUCACUUUUCGCUGGCCAUGGCGUCCUCCUGUGCUUAUAUUCUCAAGAGUGGUAUGCACGUCAGCACUGUCCUCUGAAAAAUCCCUCAUUUCUGGAUUAUAUCCGGCCACGUUCCUGGACGUGUCGUUACGUGUUUUAGAAACUUGGAUUUUGUUCCUUCCUUGACACUGAAGAUUGGAUAUUCUGCCGGCUCUGGGGCCAGCAUCUGUUUCCAGCUGUUACUGAAGUUACCUGUGUUACUUGGACCACUCCGGCCAUUACAAAUGGUUUACUCCAUUCCUAGGUCACCUAAAGCCCGAACUAUUGGAAGUUCACCAGAAUCUAGUACACUUAAGCAGUACUCUUAAGCAGUACUCUUUUUUGGGAUACCACAGACUUAUAACUGACAUAAUGACAGAUUUUUGUGGGGUCAUAUUGGCUUAAGCCUUAGUUUUGUUUUGUUUCUUUACUCCAUGUAAUUGGAGACAAAACAUAUUUUUGUGGCCACUGAAUUAGUCAAAACAUGUGAAGAAAUCAUUGUAGUAAUCUCUGGCUUAGAAACAUAAUGCAUAUUGUUAAACUAUUUGCCAAUCAACCAUGCAAUUGGAAAAGAAAAGAAAAUAAUUUGUCAUGUUUUGCUAUUUCUAGUAGGAAGAGACAAAAUACCUAUUUCCAAAGGUAAUUUUGUUAUGCUAAUUUUUAUUAUUACUAUUAUUACUAUUUUUUUUGGUAAAAAGUGCAGUUUUCAAUUAUUGACUUGAUUUUCCCAUACAAUAGGCACACUUUCUGUCAGGCAAAAAUAUGCCUUUUACUUUGAAUCCUUCUAGUUGGCAACCGUAUUACAUAUUGAAGGAAACAGAAAGGAGAAAAAUAAAAAGAAUUAGCAGAGGAUAAAGAAAAAUAUUUUCCCUUCUAACUUCCAAAGUAAUUUUUAAAUAGACUUAGAGUCAAUCAUGCAUUUAAAUUAAUAUAUCUUGAAAUUUGUGUGGAGGUAUUUUGUUUAAAUUUUAAGGCAUUAAAGAUACUUUUACAAGUAUCCUUUGGUGCAGUUGUUUUAUUGUCUAAUAAAUACUAGCUUGAAUUAUUUUAUAGGCUACAAAGUCUGUAACAUCAGUAUUAAUCAGCUCCAUUAAUAAUUAAAAUAAUUAAAUAUCCAGAAGCUGGCUUCUGCAUUCGCUCAAUUCUUAACACGUUAAUGGUAGUAUAAUUUUCUGUGAACCAAAUUAGUAGGUGAUUAUUUUCAAGAAAAUGUACUCUUUUAUGUAAUGUUCCCAUAUUAUAAGAUACCCAUUGGUAGCACAAUGUGGUAUGUAGAAAUUAUUUUGUUUGUAUAUAUGACAUAUAAUUAUGUUUGUAAAGGCUGAGCAUUGGAAGCGAUAUCAGAGGCCAUGUAGUUCAACUUUCCAUCCCACAAAUGAGACUUUUAUCCAAAUGCUUGUUGUAAGUUGGAAUAGCCCACUUGGGAGGCUAUACUGGUAUUCUAACAGCUCUACUGCUAUUCCGAAGUUUUGGGAAAUCUUUUUUGAAUUGUUUUAAAGUCAGUGUGAGUCUGACAGAUAGGUAACCAGGGUUUCUUCAUAGUCACAAUUUGAACCCUGCUUAGUCAGACAUUAUUUUCCUCAUAUCUUUGAUGCAGAUGAGUUUGGGUAGUUUUCAAACAUCAAAUCCAACUUCAACAGAUAAAAGUGCACCUCACAGGAGAUUAUUUUUUAAAAAAUGGUGUUCCAUGCAUUCCCAAGCAGUAAUGUUCUGUUAUACUGUAAGGCAACUACAACUUUCAACUAACUGCUUUAAUAUAGCUUGUAAUUUCUGGCUUUUUAAUAGAAUCAAAAAGAGUCAGUGACUUGAAUUUAAUUAAAUUUUAAAUUUAAUGAAGAAUCUGAGAAAAACAGGUUUAUGACAGAUGAGUGAGUCAAUCUAUUAAUGAGAAUGGAAUUCUUAUAGCUGUUAAGUACUGUAAAUAUAUACACUGUUUUACUGAGAAGACUUCCUUUCUUUGUACUGUUGCUGAAUAUGCUUAUAUUUGUUGUACUGAUCAAGGCUAUUUAAGAAAAAAACUCAUCUUCUGUGUUUAUUAGUGAUUUCUUCUGUCCAGGAUUUUUAAGUGACAACAAAUGACAUAUGUAUUACUAAAGUCUUAGAAUGCUAAGACUGACCUAAGAAAAUUUCUGACACACUUAAAAAAAAACACUUUCUGUGAAAGAAUCUAAUUUCAUAGCCAUGGUCUUACUUCUAGCUGCUUUUAGCAAAAGUCUUUUCUUUAAACCACUACUACCUACUCUUUAAAUAAACAAAAAAUGAAACAGAAACCUCUUACUAAAUUUGUUUCGGGAAGAUUUAUUUAUCCUCAUUUGCAAAUAGAGAUGAAAAUUAUUUUCAUUUAUAGUAUGGUACUUUUUCCUUCUGAAAAGUAGUAAAUAUAGAAUUUCUGUCCUGGAAAAAGUAAUGAGAGUAACCAUUAUUUUGGUUUAUUACCCAAGAGAAAAACUAAAAUCUCUUAACUUUGUCAUAAAUUUGUUAGAAAUGUCAUAGAUUUAUUAUUCUCAAUCCUGGAUAAUGAUGCAAAAUGGAGUUUAAUUUUGCUUGUGGUGGAUUAAUCUAUGGUGGUUGUCUGAGUGUCAAGUUGCUUGCUUCAUAAUUUAAUUUGAAAAUUGAAGCUGCUUUUCACCUGUCGAUACAUAAUAUUUGGAAUCAGGAGUGGGGGAAAUGUUACUUCCUUUUUCAAUGAUUGCAAAGUUAAAUGUGGGUGAUAUUGUCAGGUAAAAAAAAUCAUGUGUACAACUAUUGUCCUCUCUGAAAACAGACAUCAGAGAAAACACAUACGUAGUGGGAGACUUCAACACACCACUAUCAACAAUGGAUAGAUCAACAAGACAAAAAAUAAGUAAAGAAACCAAAGCUCUAAAUAAGGACCUAGAGCAAUUAGGCUUAACAGACAUCUAUAGAACACUA